AUGUCUACGUCUACCACAGCACAAAUUGCAACAACUUCUCACCCGUUCACCUCGCAGGAGAAGUUACAGUCUGGCCAAGACAAAGUAGUAAAAGUCCGCUCUCCCAAAUAUAUAUUACGUACAUUUGUUGCUGGUGGUGUCGCAGGCUGUGUGGCUAAGACAGUAAUCGCGCCGCUGGACAGAGUAAAAAUCCUGUUUCAAUCAAGUAAUCCCCAGUUCAAAAAAUAUGCAGGGUCAUGGACGGGUCUGUUUCAAGCCACUCGAAAAAUAUAUAUUGACUCAGGCCCGAAGGGCUUAUUUCAAGGACAUUCAGCAACACUUAUCCGAAUAUUUCCAUACGCUGCGAUAAAAUUUGCCGCUUUUGAACAAUUUCGUCACCUUUUAAUGCCGACAAGGCAACAUGAGACACGUCUUAAGAGUUUUGUGGCUGGUUCUUUAGCUGGCGUUUCAUCUGUAAUGUGCACCUAUCCACUAGAACUUGUGCGUGUUCGAUUGGCAUUUGAAGUUCGCAAAGACUCGCGUGUUAGUAUUAGAUCAAUAUGUAAACAAAUAUAUCACGAAAGCGCUGCAUCACAUCGACGCUUUAUUCAUUUUUCAAUUAUGAAUUUUUAUCGUGGAUUGGCUCCUACUAUAAUGGGCAUGAUUCCAUAUGCUGGUGUCUCUUUUUGGACACAUUAUACGUUAUCGGAAUUUUGCAGAGAAAAAUUGGUGGGUAUCACAACAGAUCCAUCUUUAGUUGUUGGGAGGAAAGAUUUUCUAGACCAAGAAAGGAAGGUCCCUUUGAAAGCAUGGGCUGAAUUGGCUGUUGGGGGUUUGGCUGGCGCCAUAUCUCAAACUGUGUCGUACCCACUUGAAGUAGUUCGACGUAGAAUGCAGGUGUAUGGUGCAAUAGACCCUUCAAAUUUUAUUGGUAUUCGACAAACAACGCGAGAAAUUUGGACCAAAAAUGGAUUAAAAGGAUUUUUUGUGGGGCUAAGCAUUGGAUAUCUGAAAAUAAUACCUAUGAUUGCAGUUUCUUUCACAGUUUAUCACCGAAUGAAACUAUAUAUGGGCAUAUACUGA